AUGUGGUUAAUUGGCGUGAUUUUUGUCUCUAUUCUUCCGACCUUCACCGAGGGUCUGAGUGUGCUAUUCAAACGGCAAUUUCUGGAUGGCAAGUGCAUUUCCAACAAUGGCAUAAUUUACGGCACUGGACAGGAAAUCGAGGCUCUCACAAGGGCCAGGAAUUGGAGAAGCUCACCUUUGUGUUUUUCUUCGACCCAGUCGUGUUCUUCUCCGGCGUUUCUCUCGUCGCCUGGAUUGACGUCUCGUUCCUCUCUGGGCGUCCAGGCCAAGGCCAAGGAGAUCAUCCUCUCUGACGAGUGCAGGAACAGUUUGCUCUCCGGCAUCACCAAAGUGGCUGACACGGUCAGAGUUACUCUGGGUCCGAGAGGUCGCAACAUUCUGCUCGAAAAGGAGUACGGCACACCCAUAAUCGUCAACGAUGGCGUAACAAUCGCAAGGAAUAUCGAGUUGAGCGACCGCAAGAUGAACGCGGGCGCCAAACUCAUCCAGGAAAUCGCCACGACCUCCGACGACCGCGCCGGUGACGGUACGACUUCUACGGCAGUUCUGGCAGCUGAGAUCGCAAAGAGAGGCGUAGAGUAUGUGAACCAGGGCCACAACUCGAUCCCGCUUCACAAGGGCAUCCAGAAGGUUUCCAAACUCAUCAUUGAGGAAAUAAAGACUUUGAGCAACCCAGUGAGCGGCUACAACGAUCUCCUAAACAUUGCCACCGUCGCAACUUCCGGUAAUGUUGUCAUGGGCCAAGUUAUAGCCAAGGCGUUUGACAAACUCGGUGGAAAUGCAGCGACGAUUCUGGAGGAUAAUCCGGCGCUAGAGGACGAACUCGACUUCACUGAGGGUUACACCUUUGAUCGCGGAUUCGCCAAUCCCUACUUUUUGCUCGGAGAGGAGAAGGAAGCCAUCGAAUGGGCGUCUCCCAGUAUCCUCGUCUCGGACUCCAAAAUUGACAAUCCACAGUCAAUCCUUUCCAUUCUUGAGCAUUGCGCCAAGACCAAGACUCCGCUAGUUAUCAUUGCGGAAGACUUUGGUCCUGAAGCCAUGCAGACAUUUAUCAUUAACAAGAUGAGAGGAAUGCUCAAGGUCGUUGCCGUAAAGGCGCCCUCGUUUGGAGAGAGGAGAAAGGACUAUCUACAGGAUAUUGCCAUUGCCACCGGAAGCACUUUUGUCUCCAGCGAUGUCGGAAUCAGCCUCGGGGAUGUCACGGUAGACAUGCUCGGAAACGCCAGGAAUGUCGUGAUUAAGAAGGAAAGGACGUCCAUCAUCACACUUCCACAGUUUUUGGGAAGCAUCAAGAAUAGGGUAUCGUCUCUAUUGAAGGAAAAGGAACUCAGUACAUCUCAAUUUGACAAGCAAAAAUUAGGAGAGCGUAUUGCCGCUCUCUCUGGCGGUAUUGCAAGAAUUAGAAUCGGUGCAGCCACAGAGACUGAACUGAAGGAGAAACGCCUGCGUUAUGAGGAUUCCAUAAACGCUGUAAGGGCUGCCAUGGAAACUGGAUACGUGCCAGGAGGAGGUGUAACAUACUUGGCCAUGCAAAGACCAGAAUUUGUAGAAAAGGUAAUGAAGAAUAUUGAGGAUUCAGUAAACGAGGAAUUGAACUCACCAGACUCUGAAGUUGUUGAUGGAAGAGAUGAAGAAGUAGAAAGCGAAAUUGAGCUCCAAAAGGCUGGCGCCCAGAUAGUACUCGAUGCAAUGAGUAUCAUUACCAAACAAAUUGCAGAUAAUGCCGGUACUGAUGGAUCAAAGGUCGUUGAAAGAAUUGUAAAUUCUGGUAAACCAUUCGGUUAUGGUUGGAAUGCCAAGACAAACUGCUAUGGUGACAUGAUCAAGCAAGGAGUUAUCGACCCUGCCAAGGUCAUAAUGUCCGCAGUAGAGCACUCAACCUCCGUUGCAGGUCUCGUUCUAACUACCGAAGGAAUGAUGGUCGAAAAGGAAGAAAAGAAAAAGUCCACAGACGAUGAAGCAGUGGAGGAGCCAUAUGAGUAA